CUGUCGCAAAGGCCGCAUCCGGGCGGCGAAUGAGCGAGUCGCUUUCCGUGCGCUGCGGCGGCGGCUGGGUCUUCCUGCUCCCGCCGCGCAGCCGGACGCCCCGACGGUAGCCAUCUGCGCCGCAGUCGGCUCGGCGCCCCCGCCUCCGCGAUGCCCCCCAAGAAACAGGCUCAGGCCGGGGGCAGCAAGAAGGCGGAGCAGAAGAAGAAGGAGAAGAUCAUCGAGGACAAAACUUUCGGUCUAAAGAAUAAGAAAGGAGCAAAGCAACAGAAGUUUAUUAAGGCUGUCACUCAUCAAGUGAAAUUUGGUCAACAGAAUCCACGUCAGGUAGCUCAAAGUGAAGCUGAAAAGAAACUGAAGAAAGAUGACAAGAAGAAAGAACUACAAGAACUAAAUGAGUUGUUCAAACCUGUAGUUGCUGCACAAAAAAUAAGUAAAGGUGCAGAUCCCAAAUCUGUGGUGUGUGCAUUCUUCAAACAAGGGCAGUGUACUAAAGGAGAUAAAUGUAAGUUUUCUCAUGACCUCACUUUGGAGAGGAAAUGUGAAAAACGAAGUGUUUACAUUGAUGCAAGAGAUGAAGAACUUGAAAAAGAUACUAUGGAUAAUUGGGAUGAGAAAAAGCUGGAAGAAGUAGUAAACAAGAAGCACGGUGAGGCGGAAAAGAAAAAACCAAAAACGCAAAUAGUAUGUCCUUUUCUUGAAUUGAGUCGCUGUAGCAUUUAUUAUUUGGGAGAAUUUUGUGGCAAGGUGUGCAGACAUUUCCUUGAAGCUAUUGAAAAUAACAAGUAUGGCUGGUUUUGGGUGUGUCCUGGAGGUGGCGACAAUUGCAUGUAUCGCCAUGCACUUCCUCCUGGAUUUGUGCUGAAGAAGGACAAAAAGAAAGAAGAGAAAGAAGAUGAGAUUUCAUUAGAAGAUCUAAUUGAAAGAGAGCGUUCUGCCUUAGGUCCAAAUGUUACCAAAAUCACUCUAGAAUCUUUUCUCGCAUGGAAGAAAAGGAAAAGACAAGAAAAGAUUGAUAAACUUGAACAGGAUAUGGAGAGACGGAAAGCUGACUUCAAAGCGGGGAAAGCACUGGUGAUCAGUGGUCGUGAGGUGUUUGAAUUUCGUCCUGAGCUGGUCAAUGAUGAUGAUGAGGAAGCAGAUGAUACCCGCUACAUUCAGGGAACAGGUGGUGAUGAGGUUGAUGAUUCUGUGGGUGUAAAUGACAUAGAUGUAAGCCUGUACAUCCCAAGAGAUGUAGAAGAGACGGGUAUCACUGUAGCCAGUCUUGAAAGAUUCAGCAUGUAUGCUUCAGAUAAAGAUGAGAACAAAUUAAGUGAAGCUUCUGGGGGUCGGGCUGAAAAUGGUGAAAGAAGUGAUUUGGACGAGGACAACGGAAGCGGGGCACAAGAAAAUGGGUCCAUCGAUGCUGUUCCUGUUGAUGAAAAUCUGUUCACUGGGGAAGAUCUGGAUGAACUAGAAGAAGAAUUAAACACACUUGAUCUAGAGGAAUGACACCAAACAAGCCAAGGAAGAAACUUAGGUCAGCUCACCGUGAUCAACAUGAACUGAAAUUGACGUUAAUUGUUCUACCACCUAGAAUCAACAGGAUGUUUACUUCCCUCCGGUGAUUCUGGAGGACUGCUGUCCUCCAAAAAAGGAAUACUCUCCCUGCGUCCUCUCUUCUGACUUUGACUACAUCUCAUAGUAAGUUCAGAGUAGUUGAUGAUAAAUUGAAAGUGGUCAUUACAGAAGAUGGUUGUUGUUGUACCUGUCCACUCCUGUAGGAAGUGUAACUGCUUCUCCAGCUUUUGGUUUUCAUUGGGCAUGUGUAAUUUCCAGCAAAUUCAUACUUACAAUACUUUCCGUUUGAUGCAGUUUUUAAUGAGUGGUUUCCUUUCCUUUGUAUUUAUAUGUUUAAAAGACUGCCUGAGGUGAGCACUGUACUUGAUAAAGGAAACUGCAUAUGCAGGUUCAGUAUUGUACAUCUGGACAAUUAGGUGGACACUGAGAAUGGGACUUGUUCAACCUAACAAGGUCAGUUACAGUGCCCUGUGUUAAAGCUGUUUAAAGUUCUCCCCUUUUUUGCCAAUAAAGUUGUAAAUAAAAACCAUCAUACAUCCAAA